AUGGCGACGCAGGUGUUGAUUGCCCAUACAGGCCAGCGUCUGGAGGUUGAUACUGCCCAGUUCUCGACCAUCGACAAUUUAAAGUCAUGGGUCUCCCAAAACAGCUCCGUGCCGCUCCAGCACAUGGUCGCUCUGACUCCUCAGGGCCGCAGUGUAAAGUCAGCUAGCCUUCAUGCCGAGAAAGAGUUGUAUGUGUACGAUAUUCGAGUCACGCACGCUUCAAAUGCCGGCAGCUCAUCUUCACUCGUAUCCGACACUCCAUUUCCCCCGCGGCUAUCCAUACCGAAUGCGCCAAACUCCAUAGACGAUGUACAAGCGAUUUCGUCAUGGCAGGGUCUGUCCCAAGAACGCCGUGCCUGGGCCAUUAGGCUAGCAGAGGAAUGUACUCGCCUCAAUACGGAGGCUGUGGCUCGAUAUGACGAGAUGGACGUAAUGAUCAAAUGCCUAGAUGCCGCUGUUGCGAACCUUGAGAUGAGCGUCAAGCAGAUUGAACCCAAGUAUAACGAGUUGAAAAAAUGGGUAGUACCUGCCUUGUCAGAACAUGAAAACCUGGCUUCCAGGUGGGAGCAGCACCUUCGACUUGCCCGAAAUACACAAGUAUCUGCCGCAAUGGUCAAAUUCAUGACCCAAGGCAAGGUGGCCAAGACAAAUGCCAGCUUGGAAGACCUUGUCGAACUGGAGACGGCUAAGAAGGCAGGAAAGCUCGCUCCUACUGCUCGCCGGAGAUUCGCGGAAAAGGCUUCUUCUUUAGACGGUCUUGCGUCGCAAAUGUACCAAGGCUUGGAGGGACUCAUUGCCGAGUUUGACAAGAUGAUGAAUCGGUCAGUCUUGGGUCACAGCACUGACUCGGCGCAGCUUCUUGAGGAUAUUGAGGCGCUAGUCAGCCAGAUGGACUCGGACUACCGCACCGCACUUGGAUACAGCGGUUCCCAGCGCGAUCUGGCUCUGGCCUCGAAAACCGCGUCGAAUCACACCGAACGACUGGUUCCGUCUCUCAAGAAGCGCGCCAAGGAGAUGGAUGAGUUGGUUCAGUACGCCACAAGGGCUCGAAACGCGAUUGCUUCUGAAUCAGUUGGCUGCAUGCGAACCAUCACCGACAUCACUUCUUUGCAUAGUAGUGUGCGAAGCCAGAUUAAUCUCUUGAACCAGUCCGAAGACGACAUGACCACGUUUGACUAUCUCCGACUUAUCCAUCAGCUCCCCUACAUGUAUGCGUCAUUCAUCGUUGAAGCUAUUCGCCGGCGUGAAUGGGUUGACAAGGUCAAGGCUGACUCUUCGACGUUGGCUAACGAAAUGGCCCUAUUUCAAGAUGAGGAAACCAAGAGACGAAGAAAGUGGCACAAGGUGGUGGGCAGCAUGUACGGACCCAGUCUGGAUUCGAAUGUCAUUGGGCUCGAGGUCAACCUCUUGGGAGAAGACUUACCCUGGCCGUCGAUUAACAAGGACGACCUGGAUAUGUUUCUUCAGUCCCUUCAGGAGCAGGAAAUAGACCAAGUCAUUCUCGAAGACAUUGAAAAACUUGUUCAAGAACUGAAUAGUCCUACGAAGCAGCAAUCCAAACGGCUCAAGGCAUUCAAGAAUGGCAGUGUCCACGAAGCGGCUCUUGGGAGAAGUGGACUCAUGAUUCGCGGCGAUGAUGACCUCCUUCGCUCUCUGCAAGAUGACAAGUCCAAGAUGGAAAGCAAGCUGAAGACGGCAGAAAGCAGAGUCAGGCGUCUGGAAGACCUUCUUCACAGGCAAAGCCAAUCAUCCCGACCUGGCAAUUUAUUUCAACCGCAGAAUCACCAGCCACAAGAGCGGCGUGGUUCAAGUUCGUCUGUCAGAUCGAAUCGACUUGAUGAUCGGCGUAGAUCUUCUGAUGGCGCUGAUCCCCUCUUGCGGAGAAUCACUCAGUUGGAAAAUGAGCUUCGUGAGGAGAAGCAGAAGUCUACUCGCAUACAGAAAGACCUCAGCACCCGAGCGUCUGAGCAUAACGUCAUGAAGGAUCAGAUACAAGAGGCAAAUUCGACAAAGAAAGAUCUACUUGGAAACAUGGAGGCUUUGAAGCGUGAGUUCCUGGAAGAGCGAAAGUCCUUGGAGGAUGAGAUCAAAACGCUCAGGGCUCGCUUGGAGGAUAAUGAAGACGAGAUGGAGCACUUUGAUGCGUCCCGCGAGAAUGAGAAGGCGACUUUUGGUGGAAAAAUUCAACAACUUGAGUCACAAAUCGAAACACUGACAAAGGAAAAGACGGAUGAGACAUUGAAAGCGCAGGGGCAAAUCGAGUUCCUCCGCAAGGAAGCUCAAACGCAUCGCGACCAGUUGGAGAUAUCGGAGCGACAGGCACGAGAAGCUAAAGAGGAAGCAGCUUCAUUAUCAAAGAGCCUGCAGGACGCUGAGGAGCGUGCACAAGGUCAACUCGACUCACUCCACAAGAUCCAUGCCGAACUAUCACCUUCAGAAGCCGCUCCCGCCGAUUUGUCGGAUCUCACCGAGUCAUCUCUAUCACACAUUGCAGGCCUGGUAGUCAGGGUACAGAACAUGGAGAGUGAUUCAGCCAUGGCGAAGGUGGAUCUUGAGCAUGCCCUCACAUCGGUCAAUGAGCUGAAGGCAGAGGUUUCUGACACCAAGACUAAGCUCGCCAAGGAGGAAGAUUCGGUGGUUCAGCUGCGCGAAAGUGUAUCGGAAGAGAAGGCUAGGGUGUCGGCUCUUGAAAGGGAGCUUUCAAACAGCAGAGAAGACCUGAGCCAACUUCGAGCGAAGUUGUCAGCUGGCGAAACCGGCUCUGAAACUCUACAGAAGAAGCUUGAAUCUGCGGAAAAGAAGGUGAGCAAGCUGACGGAGGAUCUUGCUUCUCGCCAAUCACAAGUUGGAAGCCUGGAGGAGGAGCUUCACUCAGUGAAGCACAGAAUAGAAGAUCUGCAAACCAAAUCGUCUGCACUGACCUCUCAGUAUGAUGCCCGAGACAGGCGAACCAAGGACCUGACUCAAAGACUGUAUGCACAGAGCGAACGCCUGACGCGUCUGCUUGAGCGUUGUGGGUAUGCCGUUUCGAGAAAGCCUGGGGAGAUGACCAUCAGCAAGGUUCCACGGUCAGAACGAGCGACUCAGAAUCCGAACGACUCUUCAGAUCCCGGAAAUUCCAUCCGUCGUUCGGUCAGUCUGGGCACAAAGUCCAUGGCUGACAGUGCUGAUCUGGAGUUGAUGUACUGGAUGAACGCCAGUGAUGCAGCUAGUGAAUCGGACAAAUACGCAGCAUUCAUGGACAAACUAGGGUCGUUCGACACAGAGGUCUUCUCGGACACGAUAUACAUGCGGAUCAAGGAAGCAGAGCACAAGGCUCGAAAGUGGCAGAGAGAGGCCAAGGCAUACAGGGAUCGAGCCCAUGUCCAACAGAAAGAUGCCCACGAGAAGAUUGCGUUCAAGAACUUCAAAGAGGGUGAUUUAGCGUUGUUCCUUCCUACGCGUAACCAGCAAGCAGGAGCAUGGGCAGCAUUCAAUGUGGGAUUUCCCCAUUACUUCCUGCGGGAAACGGAUGCGCACCGUCUUCGUCACAGAGAGUGGCUGGUAGCACGAAUAUCUCGUAUCCAGGAACGAAUAGUCGACCUGUCCAAGAGCCUCCAGCCAGCGAACGAUUCCGAGUCCAUCAACGACGACGAGAACGACAACCCUUUCCAGCUAUCUGACGGUCUACGAUGGUAUCUUAUUGAGGCGCAGGAAGAUAAGCCAGGCGCACCGGCUACACCUGGAAUGGGCAAAUCAACCGUUGCUUCCAAUAACGUUGAGGCAACGGCCAACAUUCAGACCCUUCCAAUCAAGGUCAAGGGCAAAAAUCGAGACAGCAUCAGCAGCAUUGAGGGUAUUAACAAGACCCUUUCGAAGAGCUUGGAAAGUAGGCGUAGCAGCUCUGGCUCGAAAAAGGCGCUGCCGUUCCCAAAUGCCGGUGGGACUGCUGUACUGAAGAGCAGCGCCUUGGCCAGCGAAACGAAUUCUCUUCGGGCGGCUGCACCGGAUUCCCCAGCUGGUAUGAGCCCGGUGCAAGCGGGACCAUUGUCAAGUGGCCAGCUUCAAAUCGGCAGCUCCGAGGAAGUUGGGGGUAAGGGGACACAGAAAAGCACGUCUGGCAACGAAGGGCUUGGCCAACCAUCCGGGGAGUCCUCGGCACAGGGAGCAACCGGCAAGUCUUCCGAGACCCGAAUACCUGUGCAGAGAGAAGACUCGACAGGCAGCCCAACGAAGAAGUCUGUACUAUGGGACUCAUUGUGGAGCGUGGAUUAUUCGUACGAAAGUCCAGCGAAGAAGUAG